AUGGCACGCGACCAGGAACUCGUCUCGCUUUCCUCCUUCGGAAACGACCUCCUGGUCAGCGGCCACUUUGCAUCUCUCGACUCUACGGACUUUUUCUCUAACGAGAUCAAGGGCGUUCCACGCAAAGACCUCACUGUCGCUCCCGAAGAUGCUCCAAAGCGACUGACCGGCCCUUUCAAAUUAUCGGCCUGGUCUACUCUCGCAUCUGCAGCAUCUGCAGCAUCACCGGAAGAGCCGGAGAGCCUGAUUGUCGGCGGUGCGCCUGUGCGAAAUGUCUCCCUUGUCGUGGGCGACCAGAACGGCCUCUACGAUGACCUGAAGGUGAUGCCUAUCCCGGUCGCUGGGUCCGCAAAAACAGGAGGAUCUCUUCUUGUUGCCCCGGUCAGAAAGGAGGAAGGACAGCCGAUGCUUUUCCUGCCUGCGGAGAGCGACAAGGAAGUUUCGUUCCCCAAGGAUACCACUGCUGUGCCGUUGUCGGAGCUUACUAAAGAGCUCGACACGUCCAAGGGCAAAGUCGGUGCGGCUGCAGUUGACUCGUAUGUCCUGAGUGGUGAUCUUGAGAAUUUCUUUGGCAUCAAAGGGCUUACAGGAAAACUGUACUCGUUCAAGAGUGACGAGAAGAAGCCGGAUGGUAAGGAUAAAAAGGGAGAAAAGGAAACAAAGAAAGAAAAAGACGGCGAAGAUGAUACACCCGAGAAAAAACCCGACGAAGUCGAUACGGAGGUGAAGGAUGAGAAGCCCACAGACGAGAAGAAAGAGAAGCCAGACGAGAAGAAAGAGAAGCCAGACGACAAAAAAGAUGGAGAAAAGAAGGAUGAAAAGAAGAAAGACGACAAAGACACACCGGUCGACGAAAAAGUCAAACUGAAGGAUAUGGACUCUCCACUCUCAAUUCUCUUCCCAGAGAUCGAAAACAAAGCAGUCGAAAAACUCCCUAUCAAAAACCUCGCAUUCACCUACAGCAACAAGGCAAAAGACAGUCUGUUCCCUGCUGGACUGCGCCUGGAGGGUGAUCUGGAGCUCAAAGAUGGCUUGCAGUUCAUGUCGGACGCCUUGAAGAAUAUGUUUGGCAACGAAAAGGCAGCUGAGUUACCGAAGGUACUUCGGGUCAGUGCUCAUUUGGCCGAGGAGAGAGACUGGAGCAAGAAGCCCAAGAUUGGAGGGAUGGUUCUUCAGGCUUCGCUUGGCGAUAUGAAGCUGCCCAAGUGGGACUUCCUAGAGUUUAACACUGUCGGGUUUGAGCUGUCAGUCAGGAAGGAAGGAGCCGAGAAGAAGAAGGAUGACAAGGAAAAAGACGACAAGAAGAAAGAAGAUAAAAAGGGAGAUGAAGAAGGGAAAGAAAAGAAGGAUGACGACCAAGAAGACAAAGAGGAUUCUUCAUCGAAGCCCACGGAAGGUGCACCUCAGGACGCUGCCGCCAUAGAAAGUACCGAAGUCAAAGAAGAUCCUCCGGCCGAAUCAGAAGGCACUGUGACCAAGAAGACAGAGAAAAAGGAAACUACCGAGGAUCCCAAAUCGGAAGAAAGCAAGGGAAAAACGAAAGACGACAAAGACAAGGAAAAGAAAGAGAAAAAGGAAUGGAAGGUAGGAUAUGGCUUGUUUGGCAAGCUACGGCUCAUCCAAUUGCCCAAGUCGAAGUUGCCGCUAGAAGGAAGAUAUUGGGUUCGAAUGGGCGACUGGAAGGAAGAAAACAAGGACAACAAGAAGGACAAGAAAGAUAAGAAGGACAAAGAUGGCAAGGGAGGUAAGGAAGGAAAGGAUGACAAAGAGGGUAAAGGUGAAGAAGGUAAGGGCAAGCCCGAUGACCCAGCUGAUAAACCCGAUACAGAAAAGAAAGACAAGAAAGACGAAAAGACCGAGGAGAAGGGAAAAGGGAAAGAGAAAAACCAGGGAGGAAAGAAGUAUGAAUUGGUCAUCCAAACCGGUAAAUGGAAGGAUUUCUGCGGCAUUUCAAACCUCAGCAUGAAAGAGGCUGAGCUGCGAGCCUUUUUCAAGCCUGAAGAAUUCAAGGACACUUGUACUUUGGCAGUGACCGGAGCUCUGGAGUUUGCCCAAGGCAGUCUUGACAAGACUGAUAAGAAGAAGGAAGACGGAAAGGAGGAAGGGAAGGACGAUAAGAAGGGUGAGGAAGCCAAGAAGGUUGAAAAGGACGAAAGGAAGGAAGAAGCCAAAAAGAAGGAAGGAGGAAAGGAGGUGGAGAAGAAGGAAAAGAAAGACAAGGAUGAAGAAGAAAAGCCCAAAAACGCCACUCUGAAGAUCAAAGGCCAGCUAUCCAGAAAGGACUAUCACUUCGAUGCCAAGGUCGGAGAUUUGAAGCUCGACUCGAUUUUGAAGAUAUACGCCCAGAUCAGUGGAGCCAAGCCAUCCACGGAGGAAGUUAAAGGACACGACUUUACCUUCGAGGAAUUGCAUUUGAAUAUUGCUCGGAAGUUGAAGAAAAAGAAGGCCGAUAAGGAGAAAGACAAGAAAGACAGUGAGAAGAAAGAUGGAGAAAAGAAAGAAGGAAAAGAGAUUAAAGAAAAGGGGGAGCAGGAGGAUGGCGAUGACAAGAAAGAAAAUGAUCAAGAGGUUGAGAAGCCGGAAAAGGUCGAGAAAGAGGAUAACAAGAAUGAAGUCGCAAAGAAAGAGAAGGCAAAGGGAAAGAAAGAAGAGGAAGAGGAGGCAAAAUGGGCCUUUGAACUUUCCGGCAAAGUCAGCUUCAACGACGUCAAGAGCGUCCACGGCUUAGUCAAGAUCGACAGUACUGGACUGACCAUUCAAGGUGGAUUGGAAGACUACAAAAUCAAGGACAUUGAUCUCGAAAUCAAAGAGGCAAAAAUUGAUGUCUUUAUUGGAGCCAAACCCGAUGAGGGGAAAAACAAGAACCAAAAGAAGAUCGAAUCCAAGCCUUCAGACAAGGAUGAAAAGGCAGUUGUUAAACCUGCCGACAGUGACAAGUCCAAGGACGUCACGAAUGACACGAGCAAGGACAACAUCAUUGCCUAUAACCGGGCCAGCAAGUUCGCCAUUAAGGGGAAGGUCGAGUUUCAGAAAGUGCCCAUAACUGUUGCUUUCAUGACGGAACGCAAAGAGACGAAUGCAAAAUCGAAGAAGACUUCAGAACGGGAAUGGGUGCUGUAUGGCGUGUACGGAGGAGAGCUCACUUUGUCCAGCAUCUGUGGUGAUCUUGGAGAAUCAGCGAUUGGAAAGAUGCAGCUGAAGAAUAUUGCGCUGAUCGCGGCAUCCGGGAAGAACAAGACAUUGGAGGAUUUGAAUGUGCUCAAGUAUCCGGUCAAUAAAGGAAUCUCGCUUUGUGCCACUAUUCCUCAGAUUCAAGAAAUAAACAGUUUAGCCAAGCAGGAGGUCGAUGGGCUGGUUCUUGCUGCGACAGUUUACAAGAAACUGGAUCUCCGAAUUCACUUGCCAAAGGCUUUCGACAUCUCCUUCUCUCCCACCGUUUCACUCAAUGAAAUCGGAAUUGGAAUUGAAAUCAGUCGCAACCCCAGCCUGAUAGUCGAGGGUGUUUUGAAAAUGCUUAUGGAAUCAGGGCAAGAUCCAUUGGAGCUCGAGGGAAAGGUCCGCGCCGGCCUAGUUAGCGUAGGGGCACAAGUUGCUGCAAAAUCGCCAUGGGUCAACCCCUUCAAUAUCAGCAAGGAAGUUAAGAUUGCCAACUUCAGAGUGGAGUUCGAAAUCAACUAUGUCACGUUAAUGGCAGCGGGUCCAUCCAUAAUCGGCCUUGAAGGUGGCAUCGAGGCCGGAGAGCUGUGCGCGGGAGCCGCAAUGGUCGUCAGCCAUUAUCCAGAUAACCAGCUUCUUACUGCCAAUAUCAGUAAAGUUGAUCUCAUUGAGAUCAUCCACGUUGCCGGUCAAGUUGCCGAUAUUCAGGUGUUGAAGGAUAUCGGGGGUGGCGAGGAUACAUUUGUCUUUACCGAUGCAUCGAUGUAUAUCUCUACCGGUGCUACUAUUGCUGAUAAAGAAUACCCUCGAGGCAUCUCCGCCGGAGGAAAGCUCACGGCGUUUGGUAAAAGUGCCGAAUUUGACUUGAGUAUCGGUGCAGCAGGACUGGACUUCCAGGGGUAUAUCGACAAUUUCAGUCUGGGACCUCUGGUCGUCCAAUCUGCCAGUGGAGAGUCCCGAGCGGGCAUGGUUGUUCUCAUGACUAAAGACCAGCAAGUGAUCAAAGUGGAUGGAAUGGUGACGUGCUUCAACAUAGGCCUAGUCACUCUUAUCGACAUCCAGAUGGGAACCGAUACUCCCUCCUUUGACGCGUAUAUUGCCGUGAAGCUUACUGAAGCAUUCCAAGUUAGCUUGCAUGCGACAGUCGACGAUUUUCACGAGGUCAAGGACCUGGCAGCAAUUAAGGGGUUGUACUUCCAUGCCCAAAUCAAGGGAGACCUGUUCGACAUGAUCUGCGAGAGUAUUAAGAAUAUGCUCAAAUCAAUUGAAGAACUGGGUACGCAAGGAAUCGAAGCUAUGCAGGAUAUCAUCGGGGCCAAGAUUGCCGAGAAGCAAGCUGAGAUGAACGACAUGGCGAAGAAGGUCGAAGGAGCAAAAGCGAAGGUCGAUGCAAACCGCACGAAACGCCAAGAGGGCAUAGAUAAGGAAGCAGAAAAACGAAAGGAAGCCGAGGACGAAAUCAAACAGCUACGUGAUGAUGUGAAGAAUGCAAUAAACAACCGAGACAAGGUGGAGCGUCAACUAAAAGAAAAGGUGGAGAAAGCGGAGCUUAAAAGGGACUCUCUGAUCGCGGAGAAGACAAAAGAAUACAACGACAAGUUGGAAAAGGCGAAGCAGGAAGAAAAAGCGAACCGGGACGAAUUGGCUCGGCUCAGGAGACAGCAGGAAACCAAAUACGGCAUUAACUUCCUCGAAAAGGUCAACCUCGCCAGGGGAGCCUACGACGAGAAGAAGGCCGUCGAAAAUAAGUCGUGGAAAGAGGUGGACUGGUUGCAUCAGCAGAAACUCGCUGCGAAUUGGCUCACUGUGGGCUAUUGGGCCACGAGACAUGAAGCCGCCAAAUUAGGACACGAAAUCGUCAAGGCAGCGACCGCCGUUUACCUCGAGUCCGCAAAUGCGCUGGAUGCCACUGCCAAUUCCGACGUGUUCAAAGCUCUCGUCACCGGCAUCGCAGAAGCCGAGAAUGGAGUCAAAAGAGCAGUUAAUGGUAUUGACAAUCUCAUCAAGGGCGGUGGCGUUGACGGGUUUGUCAGAGCAUUUGUGGACACGGAAGAGGCGCGGGUGCAGAAAGCAAUUAACGACCUGCAUGCCAUGCAGAAUGAAAACAGUGAUUUACAGAAGACCAUCAGAAACGCCCAAGCCAUUCUCAACAAGAGAGGACCAGAGCUCGAGAAGGAGAUCGCAGAAGCCGAUGAGGCCAUCAAACAGAUCGAAGAAGAUGCAGAGCUCGGACAGCUAACUCGCGACUACGAGUACCAGCUCAAGGUCCACGAUCAAGUGCACAAUAUCAUCCAGGAGAUGCAGGCGGGUCUGGAGACUCUCAAGGAAAACUGGCACAAAGGAAUGGAGGAGCUUAAAAAGGUAGUGGAUGAGGUUCAAAAGGCCAUCGCGUCUGUCUUCCACGUUGAGAGGAUCGAGGUUGGAGUCCAUACCCAUGCCUUGGUCAAUGAUAAACCUCUGAUGUUUACCUUCGUUGGUACGGUGGGUGGCAAGAGGUUUGAAAUCAAAGCAGAGUGGUCGCCAGGCAAGGCUCUCAGUGAUCUGUACAAGACAGUCACAAACGAGAUUCUGAAGCUAUAA